GGGAUGGAGAAGCUGCUGAGGUGCUGUCGUAUCAGAAGCCCUUUGGUCAGGGAAUGUCUGGCUGAAUGUCUAGGAGUUUACGUCAUGAUUUUGUUUGGAUGUGGAUCCGUUGCACAGUCGGUCACCUCUCAGGAAAAAAAUGGCCAGUAUCUUUCAAUUAAUCUGGGCUUUGCUUUUGGGGUCACGUUUGGGGUCUUUGUGUCCCGUGGAGUCUCAGGGGGCCACCUGAAUCCUGCAGUUACUCUGAGCUUGUGUGUUUUGCGAAGACACCCAUGGCUGAAGCUUCCUUUUUACACCAUUUUCCAAGUGCUUGGAGCCUUUCUGGCUGCAGCCACAGUUGCUCUGCAGUACUAUGACGCCAUCCAGAAUUACAGCGGGGGUCAGCUGACGGUGAGCGGCCCCAAUGCCACAGCUGGAAUAUUCUGCACUUAUCCAGCUGAUUACCUCAGUUUGUGGGGAGGCAUAAUAGACCAGGUGAUUGGCACUGCUGCCCUUCUGCUGUGUAUUCUGGCUCUAGGAGACCAGAGGAACACCUCCAUACCGGAUUAUCUUCAGCCUCUCCUAGCUGGAGCUACAGUGCUGGUUAUCGGCAUGUCGAUGGGCUCAAACAGUGGAUAUGCCCUGAACCCGGCCAGGGAUUUGGGUCCUCGGAUCUUCACUUACAUUGCUGGCUGGGGAGAUGAAGUUUUCAAGGCUGGAGGUGGUUGGUGGUGGGUCCCGUUAGUCGCCCCCUGCAUCGGCGCACUGGUCGGUACUCUGAUCUAUGAACUACUGAUUGAAGCCCACCAUCCACCCCUCUUCUCUGAGACCCAGUCUUCUUGUCAGGAAACGUCGGACAACGAAACAUCAGAUAAAACUAAUCUGGAGUUGGAGAAAGUGGAACCAGAAGGUGGAAAAUCUAUUUAG